AUGGUCAACUGCGCUUCGUCCUCUACCGUCAUGGCAGCUCUAUCCCUCGCUGAGAUCCCCACAGUGGCGCUCUUGUACAAGCUACAACGCCUAGCCCCCACAACCUCUCAAUUCAAGCCAUCGCAAAGCCUCAACAACAGCGUCUCUAUCAUCCGCAAUGACAUAACCAAGCUGCAAGUCGACUGUAUCGUCAAUGCAGCUAACGAAUCCCUCCUGGGCGGUGGUGGCGUAGACGGCGCAAUUCACCGUGCUGCAGGCCCAGAGCUCUUGGAAGAAUGUCGCACACUGGAUGGAUGCGAUACUGGCGAUGCAAAGAUCUCCAAGGCUUAUGACUUACCCUGUAAGCACGUCAUCCACACAGUUGGUCCAGUCUAUUUCCGCGAAAGGCGUAUUGAUCCCCGUCGUCCCGAGACUCUGCUUCGUUCUUGCUACCGACGUAGUCUGGAGUUGGCUGUUGAGAACAACCUGAAGAGCAUUGCUUUCGCUGCUAUCAGCACUGGUGUCUAUGGAUAUCCCAGCGAUCUGGCUGCAGAAGCUGCUACCGAUGAAGUGCGCAAGUUCCUCGGAGGACCUUCCAACAUUGGGAAGCUGGAGCGGGUGAUUUUCUGCAACUUUGAGCGGAAGGACGUUGACGCAUAUGAGGAUGUGAUUCCUGAAUACUUCCCUCCUACCGCUGAGGAUUUGUCUGAAAAUAGUGAUGCUUGA